AUGUUUGGCUCGAGCGGCUCUACUUUUGGCGGCUUCGGUCAACAGCAACAACAGCAGCAGCAACAGCAGCAGCCGCAGCAGCCUGCGGGCGGCCUCUUUGGAGGUGCCGCCGGAGGGUUUGGCUCGAGCUUCGGCGCAAGUGCCGCCCCAGCUUUCGGUCAGCCCGCGCAGCAGCCGCAGCAGGCGAGCACUGGCUUCGGCGGCUUCGGCGCAACCUCCGCCGCGCCCUCGUUCGGCUCGACCGCGUCGGCCGCUCCUGCAUUCGGCCAACCGGCCCAGCAGCAGGGUGGCGGGCUCUUUGGCAGCACGGGCACGUCGGCUCCCAGCACCGGCUUCUCGUUCGGCGCCUCCAACACGGGCGCGACCUCGACUUUCGGCCAGCCGGCGGCGGGUGCAGGUGCGACUGGUGGGCUCUUUGGGGCCGCCAAGCCGGCCACGACGGGCUUUGGCGGCUUCGGGCAGCCGGCGCAGCAGCAGCCGGCGGCAACGGGCGGUCUUUUUGGCGGCGCUCCUGCCGCUCCGGCGUUCGGCGCUGCGCCCGCCGGUCCCGCCAACGGCACCGCCGUCGCGCCGUACCAGUCGACGACCGUCAUGGAGCCGCCCCAGGAGGACAACAAGCCGCCGCCGACCAACCAGACGGCGCACCAGUUCCAGUCGAUCACGUGCAUGCCCCAGUACAAGAACUUCUCGUUCGAGGAGCUGCGCUGGCAGGACUACCAGGCCAACCGCAAGCAGCCGACGGCCGGCGCGACGCCCGGCUUCGGCAGCGCGUUCGGCGCCAGCAGCACGCCUGCCUUUGGCGCUGCAGCUCCCGCAAGCGGCGGCGGCCUGUUCGGCGGCGCGGGCUCGUCGACCCCGGCAUUCGGCGCCGCGCCCGCCGCGACCAACGCGUUCGGCUCGGCGCCGUCGAGCGGCGGUCUGUUCGGCAGUUCGGGCGCGACGGGCGGCUUUGGGCAACCGGCGACGUCGCAGCCGGGCCAGGGCGGCGGCCUGUUCGGCCAGGCGACCUCGCAGCCGGCGCAGACGGGCGGCCUCUUUGGCCAGGCGGCCGGCACCUCGACUUUCGGCCAGCCUGCCGCCGCCACGUCGACGCCGGCGUUCGGCGGCUUCGGCGCCGCUGCGCAAAAGCCGGCGACGACGGGCUUCUCGUUCGGCGCGACCAACUCGACGCCGGCGAGCUCGGGCGGCCUGUUCGGCUCGGCGCCGGCAACGAGCGCCGCCCCGUCGAACCCGUUCGGCCAGCCUGCGCAGCCCGCCGCGACUGGCGGCCUGUUCGGCCAGCAGCAGCCUGCCGCGAGCGCCGCCCCGAGCUUUUCGUUCGGCGCGCCCGCCGCCAACAAGCCGCUCUUCGGCGCCGCACCCGCCACGUCCGCGCCCGCGUUCGGGCAGCCUGCUGCCGCCACUGCGCCCAAGCCGACGUUCUCGUUCGGCGCACCGGCAGGAGGAGGGACCGGCGGCGGGCUGUUCGGCAACUCGCAGCCGCAGACGAGUGCCGCACCGGCGUUCGGCGCUCAGCCGCAGCAGCAGCAGCAGACGGGCGGUGGCCUGUUCGGCGGCGGGUCGACGUUCGGCCAGCCGCAGCAGCAGCAGCAGCAGCCGGCGCAGGGCACGAGCACGUUCGGGUCGGGCGGCCUGUUCGGCGCCAAGCCGGCGCAGCCGGCGACGGGCGGCGGCUUGUUCGGCUCGUCGACGGCGCCGGGCACGGGCGGUGGCCUGUUCGGCUCGACGCAGCAGCAGCCUCAGCAGCAGCAGCAGCAGCAGCAGCAGUCGACGGGCCUGUUCGGCUCGUUGUCGCAGCCGGCGCCGCAACUCGGCGGCUCGCUCUUCGGCAACUCGACCAACCAGCUCGGCCAACAGCAGCAGCAGCCGCAGGGCCUCCAGCAGUUGCAGCAGCAGCAGCAGUACGCCUCGGCCGACGACGUCAACGCGUACGGCUCGAACCCGCUCUUCGCGAGCGCCGGACAGAGCCCGGUCCGCCCCGCCGAGGACAAGAAGAAGCCGCCCAUCUUUUCGGCGUUCCGCGGCACGCCGCGCUCGUCGACCAAGAUCACGCGCCUGCGAGGGUUCGGCUCGUCGUCGACCUCGAGCCCGGCGCCCGGCGGCGGCCUCGGCUUCUCGGGCCUCGGCAACAGCACGGCGAGCGCCCUCGGCGGCAGCGUCGUCAGCGGACGAGCAGGGACGCCGGGCGGCAACGGCAGCAGCCUCGGCGCGCGCGACUCGCCUCUGCGGCUCGCCAACGGCAUCAGCGACGACGUGGCCCUGUCGCCCAACGCGUUCGUGUCGCGUCCGAGCGUCAAGAAGCUCGUCAUCGACAAGAAGUCGCUCGGCAAGUCGCUCACGGCCGGGUCGACGCCGUCGUCGACGGCCUCGCCCCGCACGGCCACCAAGGUGCAGUUUGACGCCGCCGCGCCCGUCACGAGCCGGUCGUCGCUGUUCUCGACCAUCGGCGGCGGCAGCGGCAGCGCAGGCCCGAGCGAGGGCGCGGGCGACGCGUCGUUCGUGUCCGAGGGCGGCCUGACCGAGGGCGGCAACACGACGCUCGACUCGCCGUCGGCCGCACGGUCCGUCGCCGCCGAGCCGGCUCGCACUCGCGCCGGCGCCCAGCAGCAGCAGCAGCAGAAGCAGCUCGAGGACGGCGACUACUACACGGUGCCGUCGAUCGACACGCUGCAGAAGCUGCCGGCGGCCAAGCUGCGCUCGGUGCGCGACCUCGUCGUCGGCCGCAAAUGGUACGGCCAAGUCGCGUUCUCGGCCCCGGUCGACCUCACGACGCUCGACUCGGUCGACGAGCUCCUCGGCGGCCUCGUGCGCCUCGAGGACCGCAACGCGACCGUGUACCCGGACGAGUACGAGGCGGCCAAGCCGCCGCCGGGCGAGGGCCUCAACGUGCCGGCGACCAUCACGCUCGAGAACUGCUUCCCGCUCGACAAGGCGACGCGCAAGCCGAUCCGGGACGCCAACCACCCGCGCGUCGCGGCCCACAUCCGCCGCCUGAGGGCGCUCGACGGCACCGACUACAUCAGCUUCGACGCCGAGACGGGCGAGUGGUCGUUCGCCGUCGAGAGCUUCUGAGCCGGUCAUCGUCGUGUCAUUCAUUAGCUGUGCAACCAUGGACUUCCUUGAACUCG